AGAACAUGUAACCACUACCUCAUAUUUUAGACUUAAAAUUGAGGAAAAGUCGUCGGUCAACGUAGAGGCAUUAAAUUAGACAAAAGCAUUGUGUAAGAAGUAAAUUGGAUUUUUGCUUGGUCGUAAAGAGAGUUCACUUUUCUUUUACUGUAUAAAAAUAAGCCAGAUUGAUCAAGAAAGAAAUCUGCCAUAACCAAAGUUGUGAUAUGGCAGAAAUGAAGUUACUUGGUAAUUCCUUGAGCCCAUUUACUCACAGAGUUGAGUGGGCUCUGAAGAUUAAGGGCGUUGACUAUGAACUUAUAGUAGAAGAUCCACAAAACAAGAGCCCUCUGCUUCUUCAAUUGAACCUUGUUCACAAGAAAAUUCCAGUGCUAAUUCACAAUGGCAAGCCCAUAUGUGAGUCUAUGGUAAUUGUUGAAUAUAUUGAUGAGACAUUUGAAGGCCCUUCCAUCUUGCCUAAAGACCCCUACAACCGAGCUAUCGCUCGUUUCUGGGCUAAGUUCCUUGAUGAUAAGUGCUUGCCAGCAAUGGGGAAAGCUUUGUUUGGCAAUGGAGAGGAGUCAGAUAAAGCUAAAGAAGAGUGUAGUGAGCUGCUGAAAAUUCUUGAUAAUGAGCUAAAGGAUAAGAAGUUUUUUGGUGGAGACAAAAUUGGAUUUGCUGAUAUUGCUGCAAAUGUGAUGGCAUUUUGGAUGGGAAUAACUGAAGAAGCCUCUGGUGUAAUUUUGGUGACAAGUGAGAAAUUUCCAAAUUAUUAUGCUUGGAGAGAUAAUUACAUUAGCUGCAGUAAAGUCAAAGAAUAUUUACCUUCCAGGGAUGAAUUAUUUUCCCAUUUACAAUCUCGAUUUCACCCUACAGCAGCUCCCAACUGAACACCUCUUAGGCUCUUACUAGUGAAAUUUCAAAAUUUUGUGUGGCAAUAAAAUAUUACUUGUAGGUAGAACCUUGUGUUUUUGUUUUGUCAGUGAUUGUAUGAGAUAUAAUCUUUUCCGGCUACUAAAUUAUAAGAGUUAUGUAUACUAUCUUGCCCUUUUCUAAACUGGUGGAUUAUAUUUUAUCA